GCAGCAGGAGCAGAGAGCAGCCAUUGCUGUGUCUGGCAGCAGACAAUCCAGCUGUGAGGAGCGAGAGGUGUUAUUACAAGGAGCACUCAGAAUGGAAAAGGACAAGAAUCACAAGACUGAUUUGAUAAUAAAUCUCACUCUGGAAAUCAUCUACCUGCUGACUGGGGAGGGUUACACAGUAGUGAAGAAGACAUCCAGUGAGUGUGAGACACCCAUCAGCCAUCUCUGUGUGUCAGGAGGACUGAGGAGGACCCAGAGCCCCAUCACGGUGCCUCCACCUCACUCACUGAUACAUGAGAGACACAAUGACCAGAAGAUCCUGAAACUCACCAACAAGAUCAUUCAGCUGCUGACUGGAGAGGAGGAGGAGUAUAUAGAGGAACACAGGGGUCUGUACAAGGACGUGAUGAUGGAGAAUCACCGGCCCCUCACAUCACUGGAUGGGCCCAGUAACAGAGAUACCCCAGAGAGAUGUCCCCGUCCUCUGUAUUCCCAGGAUUGUACAGAGGAGAAUCACAGGACCCCACAGGAGGAUCAGGGUGAACAGCUGACUGAUAGAAAAAUAAAUGAUAUAGACAGAGAAGAAGAGACGUAUGUGACUGAUAUGAAGGCAGAAGCUAUAGAGGGAGAAGAGACGUAUGUGACUGAUAUGAAGGAAGAAGAUAUAGAGGGAGAAGAAGAGACGUAUGUGACUGAUAUGAAGGCAGAAGAUAUAGAGGGAGAAGAAGAGACGUAUGUGACUGAUAUGAAGGCAGAAGCUAUAGAGGGAGAAGAAGAGACGUAUGUGACUGAUAUAAAGGCAGAAGAUAUAGAGGGAGAAGAGACGUAUGUGACUGAUAUGAAGGCAGAAGAUAUAGAGGGAGAAGAAGAGACGUAUGUGACUGAUAUGAAGGCAGAAGAUAUAGAGGGAGAAGAAGAGACGUAUGUGACUGAUAUGAAGGCAGAAGAUAUAGAGGGAGAAGAAGAGACGUAUGUGACUGAUAUAAAGGCAGAAGAUAUAGAGGGAGAAGAGACGUAUGUGACUGAUAUGAAGGCAGAAGAUAUAGAGGGAGAAGAAGAGACGUAUGUGACUGAUAUGAAGGCAGAAGAUAUAGAGGGAGAAGAAGAGACGUAUGUGACUGAUAUGAAGGCAGAAGAUACAGAGGGAGAAGAAGAGACGUAUGUGACUGAUGUGAAGGCAGAAGAUAUAGAGGGAGAAGAAGAGACGUAUGUGACUGAUAUGAAGGCAGAAGCUAUAGAGGGAGAAGAAGAGACGUAUGUGACUGAUAUGAAGGCAGAAGGUAUAGAGGGAGAAGAAGAGACGUAUGUGACUGAUAUGAAGGCAGAAGAUACAGAGGGAGAAGAAGAGACGUAUGUAAGGGGUGAUCAGCAGUGUAAGGAGGAGGAGAUCCCUACAGACAUCAGCACAGCAGAUGAACACACAAGCAGGAACAUCUCAGAGGGACAUCUAAUGUUCUCCCCGGAUUGUGAAAUAAGAGAUAACGACAGUAGACAGGAUUCUCCAGGAGAUAACCCCAUUACCCCAAUUAUACAUCCAGCUCUAUCAGCUGAUCCCUCUGAUCCUGGGAAAUGUUCUCCUGAUGACUCUGAUAUUGGUGCAUCUGUUACAGCUCUGACAGUAUAUACAGUGUUUCCCUGUUCUAUAGAUGCCAAAUGUAUUACACAGAGCACAAACCAUAUUACCCCUCAACCAGCUAAGGAAGGUGAGAGGCCAUUUCCAUGUUCUGAGUGUGGGAAAUGUUUUACAUGGAAAUCAGCUCUUGUUAGACAUCAGAAAAGUCACACAGGUGAUAAUACAUUUCCAUGUUCUGACUGUGGGAAAUGUUUUACAUGGAAAUCAGCUCUUGUUAGACAUCAGAAAAGUCACACAGGUGAUAAUACAUUUCCAUGUUCUGAGUGUGGGAAAAGUUUUACAUACAAUUCAGCUCUUGUUAGACAUCAGAGAAAUCACACAGGUGAGAAGCCAUUUUCUUGCUCUGAUUGUGGGAAUUGUUUUACCGAGAAAUCACAACUUGUUAUACAUCAGAGAAGUCACACAGGUGAGAAUACAUUUACAUGUUCUGAGUGUGAGAAAUGUUUUGCUUGCAAAUCAGCUCUUGUUAUACAUCAGAGAAGUCACACAGGUGAGAAGCCGUUUACAUGUUCUGAGUGUGAGAAAUGUUUUGCACAAAAAUCAAAUCUUGUUGCACAUCAGAGAAUUCACACAGGUGAGAAUCCAUUUCCAUGUUCUGAGUGUGGGAAAAGUUUUACAUACAAUUCAGCUCUUGUUAGACAUCAGAGAAUUCACACAGGUGAGAAGCUAUUUUCUUGCUCUGAGUGUGGGAAAUGUUUUUUACAGAAUUCACAUUUUGUUACACAUCAGAGAAUUCACACAGGUGAGAAGCCAUUUUCUUGCUCUGAGUGUGGGAAAUGUUUUGCACAGAAAUCACAACUUGUUGCACAUCAGAGAAGUCACACAGGUGAGAAGCCAUUUUCUUGUUCUGAUUGUGGGAAAUGUUUUACUCAUAAAUUUAAACUUGUUGCACAUCAGAGAAGUGACACAGGUGAGAGGUCAUUUCCAUGUUCUGAGAAAUAAGCUCUUGUCGCACACAAUAGACAUCACUCAGGUUAGGAACCAUUUUAUUCUUGAGUAUACUUAUCAUUGCCAUGUAACGUUCUUCAAGGUUCUUAUCCUAUCUCCCAUGCUUUUUGCAAUAUAUAUGCUACCGCAGGGUGAAGCAAUCAGACGUCAUGUCCUCGUUUACCACUGCUAUGCCGAUGACUUGUCUUUUGCUCUGAGUACUGAACCCAAUAUCAAUCCUAAAUGUCUAGCUGAGCUCCAGGUGUGGGGGAUGCCAGUUGGCUGUGACUCAGUCCUGGUGAAACAGUUCCUUAUGAUAGCUCACCAACAAAGGGCAGGGCUACAGCUCAGCUUUGCCUACCAACCAGACUUACACUUGGGGGUUCAGAGUUACAAAAUGCUUAUCCGGUGUGGAAUCUUGGUGUCCUGGAUGGUGGAGUGACACUUAGACAUCAGAUAACAGCCACAAUCAGAUCCUCAUCUGAGGAACAUAGCCAGACUCAAGCACUUGAUUCCCUCAGAAGAAUGACCUACAGUCAAUACAUGCAUUUGUAUCAUCACACAUAGGCCUCUGUAAUAUCCUCUACCUGGGUCUCCCAGUAAAACAAUUGCACCACUUGUAGCUUGUACAGAAUCCAGCAGCCAGGCUUUUAGCUAAUCAGCCUGUUCCUGCCACAAAAUGCCCAUUCUCUGCUCCCUCCACCGGCUGCCUGUAAGAUAGUGACUGUACUACAUAAUCUGCUUACUGACUCCCAGCCCUAUGUGACCAGGGUCCAUGGUACCAGAAGCAGCUUCUGCCUCCUUACUGCUCUGCUUGCUUUCUUCCAUCUGCAGAUGAAGGACUAUUACCAGCAGUACCAAGAAACCCCAUGCAGUACUGCGAUGUCAGGGGGGAGACAGGAUUGGUGGCACUAUUGCUGUAGCGGGGGCUGCCGGAGGCACUGUCUGUGGGUAAUAUUGUUCCCAAGCAGCACUGAGGUGGCAGAGGGAGGGAGGAUGUGGCAGGAGGCAGUGUCUGUGUGAGCAAUCUUGUCCUCAAGCAACAUUAAGGUGUCAGAGGGGGAGACAGGAUGGGUGGUAGUAGUGGGGAGAGAGUGGGUGGCAGUAGUGAUGGGAGACGACUGGUGGCAGAAGUGGGGAGAGACAGGGUGGGUGGCAGUAGAACAAUAGUGGCGCUGCUGGAGGCAGUGUCUAUGUGGGUAAUCUUGUCCCCAAACAGCACUGAGGUGUCAGAGGGGGAGACAGGGCAGUUUUUCACAGUGCAGUACCAGGGGCUGCUGGAGGCAGUAAAGAGGUGUAUGGGUCCCGCACAGAACCAGUUGAUAAUUAUGACUUAAUGAGUAUUAUGCUUUUUUCUAAUUAAUCCCUUGUAUGUGAUCAUUUAUUGUUAUUUGUCAGCCUUUAUCUGUGUUCUGUGUAAUAAUCCUGAAAGCAGUGGUGCUACCUGUCUCCUAUCCUUUGAAUUAACUUGCGAAAAAUGAGUAAACAAUGAGAUAUGAGGUGCACUCUGGAAGCUCAUAGGGGGUUAAUCAGAGAUGAAUGCAGAUGUGACAUCACGCAGCCCCUGGAGAACGGUUCCGGUUCGCUCCACGUUAACCCCUCAGGAAUGCGACCACAAUGUGUGUUUGUGUGGCUGCUCCACAUGUGCGUUUUGCCACAACCGGCAAACUGCUGCGGGCCGCUAUUGUGGCCGAGUCUGAAAGACUCCCAUAGGCUUUUGGCUCUUCUUUUUUUGUAUAAUGCUGUUUAUUGGAUUUUAAACAAACAGGAAACCAAAAGUGACAGCACACAUUACAGAGGUAUACAAGAGGGGUGAUGGAAUUGAACAACCAUCAAAAAUGUACAUAACACCAUAUCCGUAAUACAGAAUGUUCAGUUCGCUAGACAUGUACUACCAAAUUUGGUAACAAACAAAUAAAGAACAAAAAGGACAACAGAUAAUGUAAUAACAAAAGGAAGACAAGGAGAGAGACAAUACAGUGACACAAAUAGGAAAACAUAAAAACACGGGUCAGGUUCCACUAUAGGAAUAGUCCUUAAACGGCAUAAUCAAACAUUAAUAUAUAGAGGUGAGUGAGGAAUUCAAUCAUAUUCAGGUAGUGUCAGAUUGGGGGGAAAGUAAUUGUGACAAAUCUGCAGCGCUAUUAAUAAUCAUGGGAAGCCCUCGCCACGCCCGGAAUUCCUCCCAUUUCUACCAUCUCUCCCGCACCCGAGGAGGCGUAAUUGAAUAUACUGGUUUCAAAGGAAAGGGAAGAAUUGGACUUGGUGUGGCGCACUCUAACAGAACAUACUUAUUAAAAUAUAACUUUUAUUUUUGUUUAUACUUAAAAAAAGCCAAGUACUGUGAAAUAAUAAAAUGUAAAAGACAGAUGUGAGACAAAGUGCAACAUAUAGUGUUAAAAACCCACACUCUCUGGUUCCACUGUGCUGUGCAAUGUCUUAAAUCUAUAUGUAUAUUGAAUAUAUUCCAGGUUCUCUGACCUUUUUAUACAAGAAAUUUUGUGGUGCUGUCAGAAUGUGAUCACAAUAUUUAAUUCAAUGUAAAC